AUGGGAUUCCCAUUAAUCGGCAGACCAAAAAUAUGCAGCUCGUCAUCUAGGAAUACGAUAUGCCAUUUUUUCCCAAUAGCAAAAGACCAAAGCACACUGAAACGCAAUCUGAAAGACAGACUUAGCGACUUACCCAAUUGCAUCCUCCUCCACGUGCUCUCCUUCGUGAACGCCAAACACGCCGUCCAAACCUGCGUCCUCUCGCGUUGCUGGAGGAAUCUCUGGAAGCUUCUCCCAACCCUCACUCUUCACUCUUCCCACUUCUGGACCUUCAAAACCUUCACGAAAUUUGUCUCCACCCUUGCCACCCGUCGUCACACCUUCUCCGCCAUCCUCAACCUCGAUUUUGAGUGCCAUUGUUGUAUUGAGCCUCACAUCCUCAAAAGAAUUUCCAAUUUUGCGAUCUCGCAUAAGAUUCACAACUUAGGUAGCUCGGUGAAAUGUGAUAUCGUUCACAUUCCUCAGGAAAUUUUCUCGUGCAAGAAGUUGACGUCUUUGAAGCUCUUUAUUUGCCCUAGGGGUUAUAUCUACGGAAAUACGUUUUUUCCAAAAUCGUUGAACUUAACGGCGUUGACGAGCCUGCAUCUUCAGCAUUUCACGUUCUGCGCUAGUGACAAUAGCGCCAGUGACAGAGGGAACCAUUGGGGAGGGAGAGGGGGAGUGCGUUGAGGAGAGAGAAGAGGGGAGUGCGUUAGAGAGGAGCUGUGAUGGGAAGGGAAAGGGAAGGGGGAGUGUCCGUUGGGUAGAGGGA